CGCAAGGAACAGGCUCAUCAUUUGACUAGCAAUGAGUCGGAGACUCCUGCAAUUCCUGAUGUUUCUGUUGUUGGUACAGGAACCCAAUAUCCUCCCAACAGGAUGGGGCCAGAGACCCUAACGGAAAUAGCCCUCAGGCACUACGCCGAUAAUCCUGCUCUCCAAAAGACUUUGGAGAUCAACGCGAAGUCCAGGAUAGAAGAGCGUUAUAGCGCUAUACCGCAUAGUCACCCAUUAUGGCACCAAUCAAAUAUACCCAGUAUCAAAUAUUGCGACGAGCUUUUUAAGGAAUUCGGUAUUCCCCUCGCAGAAGAGGCCGCUAAGAAAGCCAUGGCAGAAUCGGGCAGCUUCCCGGGUGAUAUAACCCAUAUUGUUGCAGUCACUUGUACAAACACAUCCAAUCCAGGGUUUGAAUACUUCCUGUCUCAGAGACUGGGGCUUCGGAAAUCUGUUCAGCGCACUCUCCUUCAUGGGGUUGGCUGUGCCGGUGGUGUUGCAGCUCUUCGAACAGCAAAUGACCUCCUUCUCGGUGCUGCACAUCAGGGUAAGCCAGCCAGGUGUCUUGUGGUUGCGUGCGAAACUCCAUCUAUUUUUGUCCGAAGAGAGUUAGAUGACCUCGUCAAAGAACAAAGGCCUAACAUUGGGCUGACGCUUUUUGGGGACUGUGCUGGUGCAUUGGUGCUUAGCAAUGGUGUUGGCAUCAUGGAAUCUGAAAGAGCUCCCCUAUGGAACAUUCUCAAUUCUCAGACAACUCAGGUCGAAAAUUCAGGUGGCUGUCUUGAGUACAAUGUUGGCCCAUCAGGCUACCUUGCAGUCAUAUCGAAGGAUGUUCCUAAACAUGUCUAUUCAAGUUUGCCAUCAGGCUUCCAGGAACUCAUUGCGUCUACCAAAUCCCUCUGCGAAAACCAAUCGAAUUUUGACCCCACUAUCUAUGACUGGGCGCUACAUCCUGGUGGCUAUGGCAUUCUCACUCUCGCUCAGCAGGCUCUGGGGUUAUCAAUGCACCAUUUGCGGAAGAGCUAUGAGGUCUAUACAAAAAGAGGUAAUAGCAGUUCCUCCACUGUGCUUAGCAUUAUGGAUAAGCUGGCGUACGAACAAAGGACAGGUGAAGCCGGAAGAGACAAACUCAUCGCUGCAGCCUUUGGACCUGGUAUUACUAUGGAGUUGGUGGUGCUAGCCAAAGCAUAA